UGGUAUCGCGUGGUGGGGAUCAUCCAUAUUGCUGCUAGUGGCGGAGAUCAGCCUGUAAUCCUGAGAGGCCUCGGACACGUUUCUUUAUUUUUGUUUUUUUUUUACAUGUUUUAACCGAGCGCCGACCGCUCCGCGUCUUAGGUCGAAGCCCCGCUGGUCUGGGAGCCACCGAGGAGCGGCACCACCCCGCCGAGAAACUUCACAUUCCCCCCCGAAAUCGAAGAGCGAAUUCGGGCCGGGAGAAAGGGGAGGACUGGUAAUCCUGAGGGGGGAGAAGAAAGACGGUGGUGGGAAAUGGCCACUCAGGUGGAGGCUCUCCUACCCGGCAACCCGCUCGCCAAGGCGGAGGAGCACGGCAAGGUGAUCCGCGGCGAGCCGGAGGAGGAGCGGGGCCACGGGGCCAAGCGGCAGACGGGUGUCGCCGAGCGGGGAGGCAGCAGCAGCGGCAGCCCCGGUGACGAGGAGCAGACCUCCAAGCGAGCCACGGAGGAGGGCAGAGGCGGCGGUGACAGCGACGACAAGCCGAGCGAGGAGGGCGUUAAAGGCAAGAAGGAGUUUACCGAAGCCCCCCCGCCCAAGGUGAACCCGUGGACUAGGAAAAUGAACGCGGUGACGGUGGUCAGCGUGAACGGACAAGCACACCACGAGUCGACCGGCCCCGCCAAGGUGGUGAAAGCAGGGAACCCACCCAAAGCCAGACGUGGUGGAAAGGUGGGAGAUUUCGGCGACACCAACAGCUGGCCGACUCCAGGGGAGAUUGCGACUAAAGACAUGCAGAUCGAGGCAGUGACACGGACCGUGUCCUGCCCGCCGACUGUCAGGCAGGUCAGAGACUCAUGGAGAUUCACUGGCCCCAAAAGGACAACGGCUAAGAAGGAGUUGAAGGAGAAGAGGGAGAGCAACGAGGAGAGCAAAGAGAACCUGAAGGCCAAGUCCGACGACUCCGGAGAGGAGAAGAACGGAGACGACGACUCCCAGAAGAACGGGCCGAAGAAAAAAGGAAACAAGCAGAAGUGGGUUCCUCUGAUGAUCGAGGUGAAGUCUGAGGGUCCACGGGAACGUUCGGCCUCCAGGAACAACAGCCGGCAGAACGAGAACCCCCGUCUGCCCCCCAACGCCAGGAACGACCUCAGAGACUGGCACAGUCAGAAGUACGAGCGUGAGUGGCGUGACGACCACGACGAGGUGUCCAGCGUGAAGAGCGAGGGGGCGCCGUUCCGUGGAGGGUUCAGAGGUCGCGGCCGUGGAAGAGGAAGAGGCCGAGGACGAGGCCGAGGCGGUGGCAGAGGACACUAUGACUACCACUACGGCUACAAGUCCUACGAUGUGAAAGAUGGACAAUACGGACAGAAGUUCAGCAACUCGGUGACCUACUACUACGACAACAUGAGCAGCAACGACCUGUACUCGGUUGAUCAGGACCUGCUGAAGGACUACAUCAAGAGGCAGAUUGAAUACUACUUCAGCCUGGACAACCUGGAGCGCGACUUCUUCCUCCGGAGGAAGAUGGACCAGGAGGGCUUUCUGCCCAUCGGACUCAUCGCCAGUUUCCACAGAGUGCAGGCCCUCACCACCGACGUCAACAUCAUCCUGGAAGCUUUGAAGGACAGUAAAGAGGUGGAGGUGAUCGACAUGAAGAUCCGUCGGAAGGUUGAUCCGGAGAAGUGGCCGCUGCCGGGCCUGAAUGUGCCGAACCACACCCACACUGACUUCUCCCAGCUCAUCAACUGCCCCGAGUUCGUCCCGAGACAAGCGACUGAGGAGCCCAGAGGAUCUCCCAGAGCCUCCACACCGGUGCAGCACCAGACCAAGACUGAAUCCGACAUCUCCAACCUCAAGACGAUGCCCAAAGGCCUCUCCGCCUCCCUCCCCGACCUCGACUCAGAGUCCUGGAUCGAGGUGAAGAAGAGGCCCAGACCUUCCCCGGCCAGACCCAAGGUCAGCAUGGAGAAGGUGCCCUCAUUGCAGCAGCAGCAGCAGAAGGAAAGCGACGACGUGAUUCGCUCCCCGGUGCCUCAGCCCGGCUCCUCGCCCAUACCUGCUACCUCAGGAAAUAAGGACGGAGCGGAACAGGACGAGCCGGAGGAGCUGGACUUCAUGUUCGACGAGGAGAUGGAGCAGAUGGACGGACGCCGCAACACCUUCACCGACUGGUCGGACGAGGAGACGGACGGCGAGAUCGACGACCACGACGUCAACAAGAUCCUGAUCGUGACGCAGACGCCGCCGUACCUGAGGAAGCACCCGGGAGGCGACCGCACGGGACACCACACGUCACGGGCCAAGCUGACCAGCGAGCUGGUCAAAGUGAUCAACGACGGCCUCUUCUACUACGAGCAGGACCUGUGGGACGACACGUACGAGCCGGAGUACGCCACCAUCAAGCAAGAGGUGGAGAACUUCAAGAAGGUCCACUUGAUCAGCCGAGAACAGUUUGACUGCUUGACCCCCGAACCGCCAGUCGACCCCAACCAGGAAGUUCCCCCAGGUCCCCCACGGCCCCAGCAGAUCCCCACAGACGCUUUGGCAAACAAACUCUUCGGCGCCCCUGAACCUUCCUCCACAGCUCGCUCGCUCCCCACUACCGUGCCUGACUCGCCCAACUACCGCAGUGCCCGGACGCCGCGCACGCCUCGAACGCCUCACCGAAAAGACCAGACGAUGACGCCGCGCUUCUACCCGGUGGUGAAGGAGAGUCGGCCCGUCGACGCCAAGACGCCCAGGAAGAGGAAGACCCGACACAGCUCCAACCCGCCCAUGGAGUGUCACGUCGGCUGGGUGAUGGACUCCAGAGAGCACCGUUCUCGUACCGCCUCCGUCAGCUCCAACGCCAGCCCGUCAGAGGGAACCCCGGCUCUGGGGAACAUCGGCUGCACGCCUCAGUCCCUCCCCAAGUUCCAGCAUCCGUCACAUGAGCUGCUCAAGGAGAACGGCUUCACGCAACACGUCUACCACAAGUACCGCCGGCGCUGCCUAAACGAGCGGAAGCGGCUGGGAAUUGGCCAAUCGCAGGAGAUGAACACACUCUUCCGCUUCUGGUCGUUUUUCCUGCGAGAUCAUUUCAACAGAAAGAUGUACGAAGAGUUCAGGCAGCUGGUGGUGGAGGACGGGAAGGAAGGAUACAGGUACGGUCUGGAGUGCUUGUUCAGGUACUACAGCUACGGUCUGGAGAAGAAGUUCCGGCCGGACAUCUUUAAGGACUUCCAGGAGGAAACCAUGAAAGACUACGAGGCUGGCCAGCUCUAUGGUCUGGAGAAGUUCUGGGCUUUCCUCAAAUACUCCAAAGCCAAGACCCUGGAGAUCGACCCCAAGCUGCAGGAGUGUCUGAGCAAGUUUAAACGCCUGGAGGACUUCAGAAUUGAUCCGCCGAUGGAGGAAGGAGGCCGCAGGAGACACUCGUCCAGCGGAGACGGUCGCCGCCGGCAUCCCUCCCAGCCCUCCAGCCGGCCCCACAGCCAGGCCAGCUCGGGCCCCGCCGACACCAAACCCAGCAGCCAGAAACCCCCCGCCUCCAGCACCGACCCCCCACACGAUGCCAAGACACUGAAGUAACUCCACGAACACUCGGAUCAACUCGACCACGUCUGCAGGUCGCCGGUUCUCUCUGCGCCACAGGAGGGGGAGGGGCAUCCAGCUCUUCACCAAGCAUGAACUUUUAGUUUGUUUCUUUUGAGAAAUAAGGAGGAUAAAUAAUUAAUACGGCUCGGUUUAUUGAUUAAUUUUAAGAACUUUUUGUCUUAAGGAGGCAAAGAACAGAUGAGGUGUCAAACACUUGUUUUUCUUUGCGAACGUUUUCCAGUCCACGCGGUGGACGCUUUCGAUUCCUGGAUCUGUUUCUGUUCUUCAUGUGGACCCCCCUCUGACCGUCACUGUCCUGCUGGCUGAAAGACGUUUGAUUCCUCGCCCAGAUCUCAGAUUAAUGAUGAUUAUUUCCUCAGCGUGAGGCGGGAUGGGAGACGUGGAAAUAGUUUGAACACGGCUGAGUAUCUGCCGCGACCCGCUGGAGGCCGCAACGUUCCCGACAUCCAGCCGGACCAAAGUGGUUUGAACCGAGCGACUGACUUUUCCAUCCGCAGGGCCCCAAGGGGCUAAAAAUUAGAAACAUUUGAUUUACUUUAUGGCUGGACAUCGAGGGGAAAAUAUUAAAGAACCAAAUGCUUAAAUAAAAGAGAGAGAAGACUUGUAUGAACCCCUCACUUUGGACAAGAUCAUUGAAAGUUGCCUUAUUUUAAUGGUUUUACUGCUUCUAACUCGUGCCAGCCACCUUAUUGUCGAUUGUACAGCAUCACAAUCACCGUAUAUCCACCACCAGGUGGCGCUCCGCCUGCCAGACUGUGUUCCAUCCCCUUCACUUCCCCUCUGUCACCUUUUCUCAACUGUCUUCCAAGUGUCAUUCGGUCUGUUACAAGUCCUGUAAUUCUUCCCCGUGUUUGCAAGUCGUGGCUUUUUGUGCUGAAACACGUCAACCUGAUGGAAGCGUCGCCUUUUCCUCCACCUUCAACCAACAAAAAAAGAAAAUCGAAAAAAUUGUGGAGAGUCAGAAGGGAGAUGAUCUUCCUUUGGGUGCUUCCUGACUUUCCUCCUCCCCGGUUGGACGAACUGCAUCCAUCCGUACAUCCAUCCAUCCAUCCAUCCGUCGGCCGUCAGCGACGCUACAGGACUGGAAUCAUCAAAUCUGGAUUACUUGAAGAAGCGAUGGUGAUGAGGAGGGCCGUGGUGCUCCGUCGCAGGUGCUCUGGGUGGAGACGCUAACCAGGCUCAGACUUUGUGGCCUCUGGCUGCUGCUCGACGCUUUCCACCUCUUCUGGUUCCACUCAAACAUCAGCUCCAGGCAGGUCCAGAUGUAGCAGCAAGCGGCUCAGACGUCCACGUCCCGCCUUGCUGUGGACGGAAACUCGAGACUGAACAGUUUGUUCCCACUCUUCCUUCAGCGUGGAUUCUAAAAUCUUUCUCUGACUCCAGAACUGAUGAUAUCAAACAGAAGAGUGAUUUUUUUUUUCUCUCCUUCACCAAUGUAAAUGUGAAUUUGACAGAUGAAGAGAAAUGAUUUCAGCUCCCUGCUACUCGUUUUAUUGUUUAUAGAACAGAUUAUAUAUUUGCCUUACACGUGUACGUACGCUAACUUUUUGUUUUUUUAAAAAAUGUUCUCAUGUUUAUCUUUAAAUGCUUUUUAAUUUGCCGUGUUUCUAGUGUUCGGCUGGAGGCAGAUGCUUCGUGUCGCGGGAUCAAAGCUCAAAAACGCAAAAGGGAAAGUUGACAUCAGGUUCUCAGUGUAAAAAAACUCCAAUCUGUUGGCUGAUAGUGUUUCAUGUUGAAAUCAGUUCACUUUAUGCCAAACUGGGAGCAACAUUUCCACUUCCACUCGCUAAUUAUUCAAUCUGCAGCCUCCAGUUCUAGUAGUUUGUGUUCAAAUUCUAAAAGAAAAAAUCUGAAAAAUAAUUUUCAUUUUUUGGUUUUUGAAUUGAACGAAAUCACAAGUCUUAAAAAGAAUGAAAUUAACUCUUUUCCGUUGACAUACUGCUGUUUGUUGCUUUUUUUUUUUUUGCUCUCGAGUUGCGUCGUUGAAAAACACUUUUGAGGGAUUAAUUGGAAAAAUCCUGACACUUAGAGGAAACUGUGCCUGUUUUUUUUCUUUUGAGUCUAAUAAGGAUUCAUGUUUCUCUGUUCCGGAGGUGGAUUGUCCUGUCAGUGUUUUUUGGAUUCUUCCUCUAAAUCCAGAAUUUGUUGGACAUGAAAAUGCAAAGUGCAGCUGCGUUUGCUUUUUUCUUUUCUUUUUUUCCCUUAUUCUUUCGUUGGUUUAUCUUCAGGGAGAUUUGGAUCAGUUUCAGAGGCGCACAGUUGAUGCAUCAAAGUGUUUACUGGAGGUUUAGAGAUGGGAAAACUAAGAGCUACGACAUAUUCGGAACAGAAAACUCACCGCGACGCCCUCGACUCACGGGGGCCUUUUUUCCUCGGAUCCUCCCUCUAAUGUGAUUAUCGCCUGCCACCGCCAGUCACUGGACAUUUCAGGGGGAUUCGGGUGGUUUUUGGGAGUUUUCAGCCUUCUCUAUCAGCGUUGAACUGCUGCUAGCUGUCCAAACAAACUCUAGGGGGCGCCGCCUGCUCCGCUCGGCGAGUUUCAAAGCGAGUCGGACAGAAAGACGGACACCGGAGAGAUGAAAGAUGGACAUGGGGAAAGAGAGGAAGAACCCGACUGGGGUUUGCGAUGUUGCUCAGAGGAAUAUGGCUAGUUAUGAUGUCUGGAGACUGAAAAAAAACUAAAAAAAAGGACAAAAUUCCAUAAAGCCAUAUGAAUAAGAAAUAACUGUAUAUGAACCAUUUAAAUAGUUCAUUACAUUACAAUAUCCUAGGCUUGUCACAAGGAAAAAAAGAUGAAAAUGAGGAAAAAGGAACAAAAAAAUAUAUAAAAUGGAAAAAUGUAAAAUACUUGAAUGAGAUCUUGUAUUAUAACAUUUAAUAUUCAUAAUAUCUGCUUUGUAGGCUGACGUGAUUCGCUAUUAGUGUUAUUUGUAAUUUGUAGUAAUUAUGCUUUUCCUUAAUAAAGAAAAAAAAACACAAAAUGGACAAAAAAACCUCAAA